AUGAUGCUCAAACUCGUCCAUCUCCUCGGGGUGCUCGUCUGCGGCAGCCAAGCUGCCCUGCAGGUGUCCAUAUCUUUGAACAAAGUGGAGUUGAGUGUCGGAGAGUCCAAGUUCUUCAUCUGCACAGCUAUUGGCGAGCCGGUGAGGCUGGAGUGGUACAACCCCCAGGGUGAGCGCAUCUUUCCCUCCAAGCGAAUGGCACUCCACACGGAGACGUCACGAUCCAGGCUCAUCAUUUACAACGCCAUCAUCGAGGACGCGGGUAUCUACCGCUGCCAGGCCACCGACGCCAGCGGUCACACCGAGGAGGCCUCGGUUGUGCUGGAGAUCUACCAGAGGCUGACGUUCCGGGAUGUUCAGUCACCGCAGGAGUUCCACCAUGGUGAGACGGCGGAGGUGGUGUGUGAUGUCAUCAGUUCACCGGUGCCUGUGGUGGUUUGGUACUACCAGGACAAAGAGAUCACAGAGGAGCACCGCAGCAGGUUCCGGGUGCUGGCAAACAACAACCUCCAGAUCCGUCAGGUGACCAAGCUGGACGAGGGCGUGUACCGCUGCGAGGCCAGCGUCGAGGCCCGUGGCGAGAUCGAUUUUGUGGACAUCGCUGUGGUGGUCAAUGUCCCUCCGGUGUUGUCAGUGUCCCAGCAGUCCUUCAAUGCCACAGCUGACUACCAGGAAUCAAUCACCUUUACGUGCAUCACCUCUGGAUCUCCUGACCCUGUGGUCACAUGGCACAGGAAGGGGCAGCAGCUGGAGUCGUCAGAGCAGUACAUUUUCAACAAGCUGGAAGGUGGUCGCAGCAUGUUAACCAUCAGCAACAUCCGACAGGGCGACGGGGGCACCUACACUUGCAAGGCCACCAACAGGGCAGGAUCUCAGGAGAGGGAGCUCUUCCUCAAAGUGUUUGUCCAGCCCCAUAUCACCCAGCUGAAAAACGUGACAGCCGUAGAGGGCAGCGCCGCCAUGAUCUCCUGUGUGGCUGACGGCGAGCCACUGCCUGACAUUUCCUGGAGGAGAGCCAGCGACGGGAAGACCUUCGUGGAUGGAGACAAGAGUCAGGACGGUCGUUUUGAAGUCCGCGGCCGUCACGGCAAGUCAGUAUUGACCAUCAGCGGUGUGAGGCUCACCGAUUUGGGUCGAUUUGACUGCGAAGCACUCAGCAGGAUCGGAGGUCAUCAGAAGAGCAUGUUUCUGGACAUUGAGUAUAUACCAAAGUUCCUGACCAACCACACCAUCUAUUACUCAUGGGAGGGGAACCCGGUGAACAUAAGCUGUGAUGUGAUGUCCAACCCUCCUGCCACCAUGUUGUGGAGGAGAGAGCGCUUCACCAUCUCUGCAGAGGGAACUGCCAACACACGGGUACACAGUGCAGCAGGGAAGUCUGUGCUGGAGGUGACUCCGAUGUCGGACAGGGACUUUGGCCGCUACAACUGCACAGCCAGGAACAACAUUGGAGUUCGAUACCAGGAGUUCAUUCUGGCCCAGGCAGAUGUACCAUCAAAUCCAUACUCAGUGCGCCUCUCAGCCGUUUCUCAGCGCUUGGCGACCGUCACCUUCAUGAAGCCCGACUCGCAUGGCGGCGUUCCCAUCAGCUACUACCUGGUCCAGUAUAAGGAGAUUGGUUCGCAGGACUGGAGAGACGUCAAGUCGCACAAUGUCCAGACAACGGUGGUGCUGACAGGACUGGAGCCCAACACGACGUACGAGGUUCGAGUGGCAGCUGUCAAUGGAAAGGGUCAGGGAGAGUUCAGCCACACGGAGACCUUCCAGACUUUACCCAUCCGAGAGCCGAGUCCGCCGGCGGUCCAUGGGCAGAGAGGAAUGGGCAAGGCGUACAGGCUGGGGCUGGUCAAGCAGGACGAUGGAGGGAUGCCCAUCGUGGAGUAUAUCGUCAAGUACAAGACUGAUAAAGAGGAGCAGUGGAUGACCAAGCUUGUUCCAGGAGCGAAUGAUUUUGCGAUGCUGCAGCCUUUGCAGUGGAACACAAGAUACGAGGUGGAAAUCACAGCGCGCAACGUCAAGGGUCUGUCGGAGCCCACCUUCUAUCAGUUCUUCAUGCCACAGAAACCUGACAUUACAGCAGAAUCCCUGUUCAGCGGCCUGGGGCUGGGGGCGGUGGUGGGCCUCGGCCUGGGAGCGCUGCUGCUGCUCCUCGUGCUGGUGGACGUCAGCUGCUUCUUCCUGCGUCACUGCGGCCUGCUGAUGUGCAUCAUGCGCACGCUGUGCAGCAAGAAAACAGCCACCAGCGGCAAAGGCAAAGAAAUAGAGGAGGGCAAGGCCGCCUACCUGAAACUACCGCUGAAGGAAGAAAAUGGAAAAGAGUCUCUCAAGCCAGAUACGAUUGAAAUCAAAGUGCACAGUGACAACAGCAUCCACACAAAGCCCGACAACAGCAAAGCAUAA